CUUUUGCCCCUUCAUAGGUAGCGCACGGCUGGGCCGUGUGAAAAUUUUGCUUUUAAGAGGAAUCUACCCCGCGGAAGAUGCUCAUUCGUCAGGUGAAACGUGUACUAAUUGCUGCCACAUCUGUUUGCAGCAAAUCGACAGCUAACAGCAGUAGCAUACGUAGCGUACGUCCAAUAUUCGCAACAAGGCAGUUUAGCUUGCUGCGGCCGGAAGUCGUUUCCUAUCAACAGCAGAGGUCAGCGGUGCUCCAAGGAGGAACUAGAGUUUAUUGCCACUCAGUAGCAGCAGUUUCCGUAGACAAGGAGAGCAACGAAGACUUUGAAAUGGCUCCGCGAUUUGAACGUGACGACUACAAGAAGGACUCAUACCGUGGCGUCAAACGCACGGGGACGGAAUUCAAGCGUAAUACCGGUGGCCGCGAUGGCGGUGGAUUCCGUGGGGGAGCAGGCGGUGGAAGUCGCUUCGGCGGCUCUUCCGGUGGUGGCGGCGGAGGUGGCCGCGAUAAAUGGUCCAUGGACGGAAAGCAGUUGCAGAAAAUCAACUGGAGCAAGAUGCAGUUGGUUCCGUUCAAGAAGGACUUUUACCAUGAACAUCCAGCAAUCAGAAAUCGAUCACAGCGGGAUGUUGACCGGUUUCUAGAAAAGCAUGACAUUACCCUGAUUGGUAAUUGUCCGAAACCAAUUACCGAAUUCGAUGAGAUUGACAUGCCGGACUAUGUUAUGAACGAGAUCGAGAAACAGGGCUACCAGAAACCGACGCCUAUUCAGGCUCAGGGAUGGCCCAUCGCUCUUAGCGGGCAGAACAUGGUCGGCGUUGCAAAAACCGGUUCCGGUAAGACUUUGGGAUACAUGCUGCCUGCUAUCAUUCAUAUUAACCAUCAAAAACCCGACCCGAGCAUCCGCGGUCCAUUGGUCCUUGUGCUAGCGCCAACUCGUGAGUUGGCCCAGCAGAUCCAACAAGUGGCGACCGAUUUUGGUUCGUCGUCGUACAUUCGCAACACCUGCCUGUUUGGAGGUGCUAGCAAGGGACCCCAAGCAGGUGAUCUUCGACGUGGAGUCGAAAUUGUUAUCGCUACUCCCGGUCGUCUGAUCGAUUUCUUGGAAAGCGGAACCACAACACUGCAACGUGUCACCUAUCUGGUGCUAGACGAAGCUGACCGUAUGUUGGACAUGGGUUUCGAGCCCCAGAUUCGAAAGAUUUUGGAGCAGAUCCGUCCGGAUCGGCAGAUUCUGAUGUGGUCCGCGACCUGGCCGAAAGAAGUUCAGCGACUGGCCCGGGACUAUCUCGGCGAAUACGUGCAGAUCAACGUAGGAUCUUUGGAGCUGUCCGCUAAUCACAAUAUUACCCAACAUGUUAAGGUUAUCGAGGAACAUCAGAAGAACGAUGAACUUGGAAAACUAUUGGAUACUUUGCAUUCCCGUGGAAAUCCGGGCAAAAUUUUGGUUUUUACUACGACUAAGCGCAAGUGCGACCAGAUUUCGACCUACUUGCGUCGCUAUGGACAAGAUUCGGUUGGUAUGCAUGGCGACAAGAGCCAGGUGGAGCGCGAGAGAGCAUUGAACCGCUUCCGCAACUCGAAUAACUGCAUUCUGGUAGCAACGGAUGUGGCUGCUCGUGGUCUAGACGUCGACGGCAUCAAGGUGGUCAUCAACUACGACUUCCCGCAGCAGACAGAGGAUUACGUGCACAGAAUUGGCCGAACCGGUCGCUCCAAUGCCACCGGCGAAGCGUACACCUUCUUCACAUCGAACGAGCGCAAGAUGGCCAAAGAGCUGGUUGCAGUGUUGGAAGAGGCUAAGCAAGUUGUACCGCCAGAGUUGUUGAGAUGGCGCCAUAUCGGCGGUGGUGGCUUCAAUCGGUACGGUAGCGGUGGUGGCGGCGGAAACCGUUUCGGUACUUUCAAGGGUGGACGAGGAAACGAUUUUGGGCGAGAUCGCUUCAACAAGGGAGGCGAUCGUGGAGGAAUGAAACGACCAUACGGUGGGGGAAGCUACGGCGGAGGCGCUUCGUCGUCGUCUACCUCCUACGGUGCCAGUGCUAGUUCGAAUGGAUACAGUGCCGGCUCUAGUUCGAAUGGAUACAGUGCUGGAUCUAGCUCGACGACAUACGGAUCUAGCUCGAAUACAUACGGAUCUAGUUCGAAUGGAUAUAGUGCUGGUUCUAGCUCCACGGCAGUCCGGAGCGUAGUUGGAAGCAGUAGUACGAAGCAGCACAUUAAGUUUAACGACUAAACUUGCCGUGUAUCUCUAAACUCUUCUAGAUUUAACUCACCGUUUAAAUAUCUCUUACUGUUUAAGGUAUGCUAUUUAAUUUAAACCAACCCAAUCAGAACAGGAGUAUUGUUUUUAGUUGUUUUUGCGCAAAGCAAAAUAGUUUCGUUCAUUUUAUAAUACAAGCACACUCUUCUAGAUUGAUAGAAACGAAAUACAUAGUGAAUUUUUGCCCUCCGAGAUCGAACCAGAAAUGGAAAGUACGAAUAAGCGAUAGCGCACCGAUAAUCGGGAUGAAGGAGAUGAAAAACUAAUUACUUACAAAUUAUACUUGCUGUGAUAUAGCAUCAGUCGUGUAUCACUAUAAACCAACAGGUUUUUCGUAUUAUUUGAAGUUUUUUUUAUAGCUUGAAAUGGCAAUCACAUUAACCAAAAAAUAAAACACUUUAAGAUCAAAGUUUGUAAAGGCAUUGUGGUUAGAACCACCCAAUUCGAGCGGGUAACAUUCCCCUGUAUUAAUUAGUAUGGUUCCUCGAUAAGAAAACGAAGAAGCUAAUAAACACAGUGCACUUGCAAUAAA